AUGCUGCCGAAAUUUUAGUAGAAUUUGGAUAAAAUUUGAUAUAUUAUGUUCUGUUUUUUUUAGGGUCCACUCGCUCAACCGCCUUCAAGACGUGAUGCGUCGAAGGGAAAAGCUCCGAUGCUUUCUCCACAAGGCGGUGGUGCACGGGAAGAUGAAUUAUUCACGAAAGAGAAGAUGGACUUGAUCCCUAAAUCGCUAAAAUGGAUGGUUGUUGAAUUCCUGAACCUCAAAGAUAAACGUGAUAUAAUCACCAUUCCUGUACCCCGAGAAUUCAUAGUACUGUGUACCCAGAUCACGUUAUCUAGAGAGGAUUUGCAGCAGGUUGCUACGUGUGACUUCAUCGGCAACCAGGGAAUGCUGUUUGGAAUGAUGCACAUCUGGGAGAGCCUCAACGGUAUGAGAAAUUUUUUCAAGUUUUACGACCCAGAGCUUCUCGUAGUGAAUGGGAUAACCGAGGAAGAGAAGAGUCAAUCUUUUGACAAUGCGGCAAGACGAUUGGCUGCUUGGUUAUCAUUGAUGAAUAACAACCACCAAAUGUUCUUUAUUCCUUGGAAAAUUUGGUGCGCAUUGGACGCUAGAGGUCGUUAUGCCAAAGAAAAUUAUCCUUUUAGACCCUGUAUGUGGCCGCCCAAUUCCCGAAGAAAUUACUCAAAUGAUCGGAAGGGGACGCACAUGAGUAUCUUGGCCCGUGGCAAGGAAUUUCACUAGCAAAUUGUCCAAGACAACCUAAAAGCCAAGAAUGUGAUUUUUAUGUUUUAAAAUACAUGACUGACAUCGUCGCACGUGCAAACCCCAACUGUUACAUACAAGAUCAAAAAGCUUUUGGGGGUAAGGGGCAAUACGAUCCAAAAACUGAAUUGUUACCAUUACACCGACAGUGGAUAGAACGGUUGACGACGGUGAUUCACGAUGACGAUUGAGGCUGAAAGGCCCAAGAAUUUUUCUUCCCUAUGUAAUUUUUUUAAAUUAUUUUGUAGUUAGUUUUAUUAACUUACUAAUAUUUUGGACUAAUUUUACAUUAAUGUUUGUGUAAUAUUUAAUUACUUUUAUGAAAUGAAAUUAUGUAUUUU